AUGACGCGACGAUCAGCCAUUAGUGUAUUUCUUCUUUCACUCAUAGCAGCCGUCUCUUGUCAGACGCCCGUUAUCGGAGGAUCCUGUAAAUUAGGAACUUCUGAUGUCCAAAUCGGUGGAAAACAAACACAAUUCUUCUUAAAAUGUGAAGCUGCUUCUGAUAGUGCUGAUGGCGAAGGAGUCUGGGUUGUAAAGUCCAGAGCUGCUUCUCCUCCAGCUCAACAAUCUGUACCUGUUGAGAACUCUCAACCUCAGGCUCGUCCACCAAUGAGAAAGAUGAGCAAUCCAAAUAUCUGUGAACAAGAUAAUGGUGCUCGUGAACAGGAUAGUUGCGCUGUAUCGGCCACUUGUCUUCAAGCUCAUAACGAGAACCCAACCUUCUACUUACAAUGCGAUCAGACGAACAUGCGUUGGGUUAAGAAAUCCUGCCAAGAUGGUUUCCUCUUCAACUUCGAACAACAAACUUGUGUUGUCCCCAAGAGAAGCAACCCAAUCAACCCUCUUUGUCCGGACGGAUCUUCUCCACUUGGACAAUGUCCAUGUUCGACCAAGGAAUUAACCUGCACAGCACAAGGAGUCUGCUGCCGAUAUUCUAAACACAUCAACAGUACGCCAUCAGCAUUGGCUUGUCAACAACCCUGCUCCAAUGCCAGCCCUUGUCCUGAUGGACUUAUAUGCAAUCCGAAAGAUUCAUGUUGUAUCUUCAAUCGAACUGCACACCCUCUUCGUGUACAUGAUGAUCCGACUGCCAUGUCGUUUGUAUCUCCAGCUUCUAUAUUUCUUGGAGCUAACUCCAUAUUCGAGCCUAUCAAGCAAGGAACAAGCUCAGCUUUCCGAGUUAUAAGUCUUGAACCAUCAGCUUAUCAGUCGAUAAACUCGAUGAACUUCGAUAGUAACAUGGAUGCAGCGGUGAUCAGAGUUACAUCAUCGAUGCUAGAAAAGCAACAGACGAAUACAGUUACUACCGUCACUCCACCAUCAACGUCAACAACAACUAAGCGAUCCACAGGAGCAUCAAUGCCUCCAUCAAUCCGUCCAGAUGACUCAUAUCUGAAAACAACCAGAGCAAUUCAUACAACAACCCCGAGAAGCCCGAUUGCUGCAUCAACUCUCAUUCCAACCUUAGAGAACUGUCGUGGUACAAAUGCUAACUGCGAAGAUGAUUCUGAUUGUCCGACUUCGUUCAUCUGUGAUAACGGCUGCUGUAGGCUGCAUCACUGUCCUUAUGGAGGACGAUUAGUACGAUUCUCUUGUACGACAAACUAUCAGUGUGAAGCCGGAGAAACAUGCCUAUUCGGUGGAUGCUGCGUCAUGAAGAGAGAUGAAGCUGUUCUCAGUAUCUCAUCAUCUAAUGACAUUUCGGACCGCUCUUCCUAUCCAUCUGAAGUUGCUGCUGUGGAAGAUGGUCAACCCAUUAUUGAAAUGAAGUCUACUAGUGAGCAUUGCCGAAUUGAUCAUCGUUCUCCAACAUGUAGCUUAGAACGAGCAUGUCCUGAAAACAGUGAUUGCGUCUUUGGUGUCUGUUGUAUGAACUCUGUCAUCCAAUGCCAGUCUGGGAAAUAUGCUCUCACACUACCAGAAAGCUGUAAGACAAAUGAGGAUUGUCCAAUAGGAUCGGAUUGUGAAUAUGGAAGCUGUUGUCCGAAAGACGAACAAACACAAGAAGUGCUGGAAGAGUCAACAGAAGAAACAUCUGCAUAUGAAUCUUUCAUCGAAACCACAACUGCAUCUACGACGAUCAGUAUCGCAUCUACUUUGCCACCAACAAAGCGUCGUUGUUUGUUGGCAAAAACAUGCUCAACCUUAUCUUUGUGUCCGGCACAGUUUACUUGUAUGAGUAACAAGAAGUGUUGUCGUCUGAACUUCAAAUGCCCUUCUGGCAGUGUUCCCGAAUCACAGUGUUCAUCUGACGGAUUGUGUCCUAGCUCUUCUCACUCAUGUAUCACUAUCGAUGACGAGAAAGUCUGCUGUCCUACAGUUUUCCGAGACGAGGGGCACGUGACGAUAUCAAAGCCAUCGAAAAGAUAUUGUCCGAUAGGAAUUUGCAAUGUCCAUCCCCAUAUUAUUGUAACCGAAGAGGGUUAUGUUGUCUCCCAGAACUUCAAUAGAUUCCGACGAAGAGUAUUCUUGCCUUGCAUGCAACCAUAG